AUGGAACUUGGGCACUUCGGUUUUGCGCAGUAUCUGGCACCGGCUUGCCGCUUCCUUCUCUCGUCUCUCGCUCUUGCACUGUGCUUUGUCCAAGCCUCCUCCGCCACAAAUGAACCCGACAAACUCGCGCUGCUCGCAUUUAAGGCCGCGGUCGAAGACCCUUACAGGGGGCUUGCUUCAUGGAAUGACACCAUCGGGUUUUGCGGUUGGUACGGGGUCACAUGCGGGCCGAGGCACCAGAGGGUCACGGUCUCGCGCUUGAAAUCGCUAGGACUCUCGGGGCCCAUCUCUCCUCACAUCGGAAACCUAAGCUUCUUGAGUGAAAUUCAUCUCGAGAAUAAUAGUCUCGUUCGAGAAAUCCCUCCGCAAGUGGGGCGGUUGCGCCACCUGCGUUUGCUACAGCUAGACAACAAUUCACCGGCCGGCAAAAUUCCCAGAAACAUGUCGGCUUGCUCAAAGCUCGAAGUCCUCAGCAUUGCAUUCAGCCAACUAACCGGAGUAAUUCCCACAGAACUCGGUUCAUUAUCGAAGCUACGGGUUUUGUCCUUUUGUAAAAACGCACUCUCUGGGAAUGUGCCUUCGUCCUUUGGGAACUUAUCUUCACUGCAGGUUCUUGAACUCACGGAAAAUAACUUGGGCGGGGGCAUUCCCGAAGAUCUAGGCCGCCCGACAAGUUUAACCGACAUCAUUGUCCCAGUAAACAGAUUGUCCGGUACAAUUCCGUCUUCAUUGCUCAAUCUCUCCUCUCUACUCCGGUUCGACGUUUUAGAAAACCAGAUACAAGGGAGUCUUCCUGCAGACUUAGGCUUGACGCUCCCAAAUCUUCAAUGUUUCGCCAUUGCCAUGAACAAACUUGAGGGACCGAUUCCUCCCUCGGUGUCCAAUUGGACAAAGCUAGAUGUCAUCGAAGCCGGAGAGAACAAGCUUUCGGGGAAAGUGCCUUCUUUUGGAAAUAUGCCUUGGCUUUGGCUGUUUGGCAUCUUCGAUAACCAGCUGGGAAGUGGGAAUUACGAAGACUUGAGCUUCGUAUGCUCAUUGACAAACUCCACCAGACUAGAGUUCUUCCAAAUUCAACGGAACAGACUCGGCGGGGCACUGCCCAAAUGCAUAGGCAUGCUACCGCUUGAAGGAGUCUUUAAGAAUGCUACCGCGACUUCUAUUAUUGGGAACGAUGAGCUUUGUGGGGGAUUGCCAGCAUUUCACCUCCCCAAGUGCAUCUCCAAACGCGCCAAGAGAAGAAAAAUCCAUAUAUUGGUAUCGUCGGCUAGUGCUACUUUUGUCAUUCUUGGAAUAUCUCUUGUUCUGGUUUUUCUAUAUCUUCAUUGGUUGAAGAAGAAAGUAAAAGAACCUAUUUCAACUUCCACGGAUGAUUCAUGUCCAAACAUAUCUUAUCGAGCACUCUUAAAAGCAACCGAUGAUUUUUCUUCGAUGAAUUUGAUCGAUGUUGGAAACUUUGGCUCUGUUUACAAGGGGAUACUAAAGGAAAAUGGUACAACCGUUGCGGUGAAGGUGCUUCAUUUAGUGCAUCGUGGUGCUCUGAAGAGCUUCCUGGCGGAGUGCGAGGCAUUAAAGAACGUGAGACAUCGAAAUCUUCUAAAGAUAUUGACAGUUUGCUCGAGUAUUGAUCAUCAGCAAAAUGAUUUUAAGGCCUUAGUUUAUGAGUACAUGGAAAAUGGAAGCCUCGAAAGGUGGCUACACCCAAACCCAACACCAUCUCACAGGAAUGAGCCUACCCGGACAUUGAAUUUCUUUCAAAGGAUAAACAUUGCUAUUGAUGUCGCCUCUGCACUGGAUUAUCUUCAUCACCAGUGCCACAUCCCCAUCAUACAUUGUGAUCUAAAGCCGAGCAAUAUCCUCUUAGAUGCUGAGAUGGUCGCCCAUGUUGGUGACUUUGGAUUGGCAAAGUUCCUCCCUGGAUCAUCCUUCGAUACCGUGGCUAAUCGGACGAGCUCGGUGGGCAUAAGAGGAACAAUCGGUUAUGCUCCACCGGAAUAUACGAUGGGAUGCAAGGUGUCAAGAGAAGGCGACGUCUACGAUUACGGCAUCCUCUUAUUGGAGAUGUUCACGGGGUUGAGUCCCACCAAUGACACCUUCAGAGACAAUUUGACUCUUCAUAGCUUUGUGGCAGAAGCUUUGCCCGAACGAGUGCUGGAAAUUACGGAUCGCAUUCUGCUCCAAGAAAGAGAGAAUCAUUCGAGCCCCAACAGUCCUCGGCAUUGGCUCUCCGAAAGCGACGGCAUAUUUCAAGAGUGCUUGGUUACAGUAUACAAUAUUGGAGUCGUUUGCUCCGAUGAAGUGCCUGGAAGGCGGAUGAGCAUUAGCGGAGCUACAAAUCAGCUGCGAAAGAUCAGAGAGAGACUCUUUGCACGGGGUUAA